AUAAUUGAAAGAUCUUCGUAAUUGAUGGAAGAUAUAAAAAAUUCAAAUUGAAAGUGACAGAUCAUUUCACACUUCUAACUUAAUGCUUCCUACAAAAUUAUUCAUCUCUACUUCAUUGCUGCCAAAAAUUGAGCUAUGUCUUUAGUCGGAGAGAGUGCCUUAUCUGCUUUCUUUGAUGUCUUGUUUGCCAAGUUGGCCCCUUCUGAUUCCCUCCUUUUUGGUACUGAAAAGCAGGUCCAUAAGGAGCUCAAGAAGUGGGAAAUGAUACUGAGAAAUAUCCAGGCUGUGCUUGAUGAUGCAGAGGAGAAGCAAAUGAAGGAUAAGCAGGUGAAGAUAUGGUUGGGGGAGCUCCAAGACUUGGGUUAUGAUGCGGAUGACAUCUUAGAUGAGUUCGCGACUGAGGCCUUGGGAAAAAAGUCAACGCAAGAUCGUCAAGCAAACAGAAGUAAGGUACGGAAGAUCAUUCAUACCUUUACUACCAAUUUCAGUCCAAAUGCUUUCUUGUUUAGUUAUAAGAUGAUGUCGAAGAUGAAAGCUAUUACUGUUAGACUGCAAGAGUUAGUUGCAGAAAAAAGUUACUUGCAAUUAAGAGAGAAUGAUGUUGGUAGGCCUAAGAUAAUAAUAGAAAGGCCACCAACUACUUCUUUGGUGAAUGAAGCUCUGGUCUAUGGGAGAGAAGACGACAAAAAGGCAAUAAUUGAUUUGCUUUUACCGAAUGAUAGUAUUGAUGGUGAAGUUUCUGUGAUCCCUAUUGUUGGAAUUGGAGGGAUUGGUAAGACAACUCUUGCUCAACUAGUUUACAAUGAUGAUAGCAUAAAGGAUCAUUUUGAUAUCAAAGCAUGGGUGUGUGUUUCAGAAGAUUUUGAUAUCAUUAGAAUAACAAAAACAAUUUUGCAGUCCGUCACUUCUGAGGCAUGCAAUGAAGUAAAUGAUCUGAAUUUGCUCCAAGUCAAAUUGAAGGAGAAGCUGUCUAAAAAGAAUUUUCUGCUUGUUUUGGAUGAUAUUUGGAAUGUCAGCUACAAUGAUUGGACCAUUCUUCAGUCUCCUUUUGAAGUAGGGGCUCCAAGAAGCAAAAUAAUUGUGACAACACGCAAUCAAAAUGUUUCAUCAGUUAUGAGAACUGUUCCAGAUUACUCUUUAAAGAAAUUGUCAAAUGAUGAUUGUCUCUUCAUUUUAACUCAACAUUCCUUAAGAGCAAAAGAUUUCAGUGGCCAUUCAGAUUUAAAAGAAAUUGGAGAACAGAUUGUGAAAAAGUGUAAUGGCCUGCCCUUAGCAGCUAAAACCAUUGGAGGCUUGCUACGCACUAGAGUAAAUCCUGAUGCAUGGAAAGAUGUAUUGGAGAAUGAGAUAUGGAAUUCACCGGAAGAGAAAAGUGGCAUAAUUCCAGCUCUAUGGUUGAGCUACUAUCAUCUUCCACCACAUCUAAAGCAAUGUUUUUGGUAUUGUUCCAUACUACCUAAAGACUAUGAAUUUGGGGAGGAGGAAGUAGUGUUGUUAUGGAUGGCGGAUGGCUUGUUGCAACAAGCAAAUGGUACUAAAAGGCAAAUUGAAAAAUUAGGUAGCAUGUACUUUCAAGAUCUUGUGUCAAGGUCAUUUUUUCAAAUAUCUAGCAGAAAUAAAUCUCGAUUUGUAAUGCAUGACCUCAUCAAUGAUCUAGCUCGAUUAGCUGCAGGAGAAAUAUGCUUUAGAGCAGAGGAUGAUAAGCAACUGAAAAUUUCAAGCCGUGCUCGCUACUCAUCCUACAUUGGUAAUAGGUAUAAUGGACUUAAAAUGUUUGAUAUGUUUUAUGAAGCAAAGCAUUUACGAACAUUCCUGCCGUUUAUGUUGCUAAAAGAUGGAGACUGCUUUCUAACAAACAAUGUUCUUAUUGAUUUGUUGCCGAAGUUGAGAUGCUUAAGAGCGCUUUCUUUGGAAGGGUUCCACAUUUCUGAGCUACCAAAUUCUAUUGGAGAUUUGAGACAUAUCCGCUACCUUAACUUUUCUUAUACUAAAAUCAAAAGCCUGCCUGAUUCUAUAUGUACUCUCUUCAACUUACAAACCUUGUUGUUGAGAGGCUGUGAUCGUCUUAAACAGUUACCUUUGAAUUUGAGAUUUUUAACCAACCUACGACAUCUUGAUAUUGCUGAUGCAAAUUCAAUCAAAGGAUGCCUUUUGGAAUUGGUGAAUUAAUUGAUCUCCAGGCACUAUCCAAUUUUGUUGUAGCCCAAGGUGUUGGAUAUCAAAUAAGAGAGCUGAAGAAUU